ACUUCGUUUCUUGCUUGGCCACUCUGCCGCUGCCAUGAACGAGACGCUGUCGGAAGCGCUGCUGUUGGGCUGUUAUACAUACGCAGGUCUCCCGUUCAACGUGGUGAGGCUGCGAUUGCAGACUCAAAGCCAUCAGGGAGCUUACAGAGGAGUGAGAGACGCUUUUGUCCGCAUCGCGAAGGAGGAGGGUAUCAGAGCGCUUUCGAAGGGCGGCACACCAAGUCUGGCAGGCACUAUACUCUCCAAUAAAUUGACGAAUGUUGUUGGCGGCUCAACGAAGAAGGCAGUGUCGAUGCUGGAAUUACAAAAAGUUGACGACGAGGACGAGUUGACGCUGCAGAAAGCGCUCGAGCAUAGUGCCAUGGCAUUUAUCGCCUCUACAGCCACCACUGUUCCUGAAAACAUCGCGUCCAAGUUGCAGCUUCAGCGGGGUCCAUUGGGCCACGGAGUCUAUCAUGGACCACUCGACUGCAUGGCGCAGGUGCUCAAAAGAGAAGGAAUUGUUGGCCUGUUUCGUGGAUACUCGUCGGUGCUGCUGCGCGAUGUACCCUUGUUCCCCAUCACUGUCGGGGUGUAUCAUGCCACUCGAUAUACAGGAGACGAGAACUCUCUUACGACGACCUUGUUCUCAACAUCAUUCGCCAUGGCCACCAGCGUUACAAUGCUGUAUCCUGCUGAUGUGGUCAGGGCUCAUAUGCAAACGACCUGUACGUUGACCCCGCUUACGCUACGUGAAAGCUUUCGGUCGAUUUACAUGCAGUAUGGUCUACGGGGGUUCUAUCGAGGAUUCACUGCUGCGUUGAUUGGCUCGAGUGUGUCGUUUACAGCAUUCGCCACCGCCUACUUUACUUUUCCACACGCCAAUUAAAUGGUUCACUGCAGAGUGUGUUGAGUCGCUAACUACUACUUAGUACUGUAGUACUUAGAUUAUCGAAUGAAAACAUACAAACCGAAGCUAAGCCAGCGCUCGUUGCAGA